AUGGGCCGCCGCCUCAGGUCACCACUCGACCAGCUGCACCCGGACUUUGCCGUGGCCGAACCCCCAGGCUGUGCCAACGUGCCACGGUCAUUUGUUCCAGGAAACCAGGUCUUUGCCCGGAACUAUGUGGGGGACAUUCCUUGGGUGCCAGCCACAGUAGUGGGAGUCACUGGACCUCGCUCUUACCAGGUGGCACUCAAAGACGGACGCUUAUGGCGCCGGCACAUAGACCAGCUUAGGCGCAGGGUUGGGGACUUGGACACUACCGUGGUGCCCCCAACUGCGCUCGUGGCUCCAGAAGAGACACUUACAGAUGGUGAGGCUCCACCUACACCUCCCUCGCAAACUGCCAGCGUGGAGCCGAACCAAGCCACUUCAGAGGGUCUGCCAGACUUACCACAGACUCAGACCACUGCCGUGCCUGACAUUCCGCCAACUCCACUUGCGGAGGUUCCACCCACAGCAGCGGAUCCAGGGGAUUUGGUUUCAACGCCACCUAGGGUCGCACCACAGCCUCAGCAAGAAUUGUGUGGCCCCCCGGACUUGGCUUCCAGUCCCCGGCGGUCUGGCAGAGUUUCCAAGCGCCCAACUUAUUUAAAGGACUAUGUUGUUGGACAUGUAUCACUGUUGGUCUAAGUAUGGGAAAUGUAACCGAUAUGCUUUUGUGCCUAAUUGAACCAUUACGUGUAGUGCUGUAUAUAAGGAAACCAUUACGAUUGUAACUACAGUGGUACCUUGCAAGACGAAUGCCUCGCAAGACGAAAAACGCGCAAGACGAAAGAGUUUUCCGUUUUUUGAGUCGUUCCGCAAGACGAAUUUCCCUAUGGGCUUGCUUCGCAAGACGAAACGUCUUGCGAGUUCUUGCGAGUUUGUUUCCUUUUUCUUAAAGCCGCUAAGCCGUUAAUAGCCGCUAAGCCGCUAAUAGCCGCUAAGCCGCUAAUAGCCGCUAAGCCACUAAUAGCCGUGCUUCGCAAGACGAAAAAACCGCAAGACGAAGAGACUCGCGGAACGGAUUAAUUUCGUCUUGCGAGGCACCACUGUAACGCCUUAUCUCGGUGGGGAGGGGUGUUAUGUACUGAAGUUCUCACCCUGGGCCAGCAGGGGGAUACUGUAGAUAGUUAUGCAAAUGAAGGAUCGAAAAGUGACGUUCAGUGAUUGGAUAGUUUUGUAUGCAAAUGAAGGAUCGAAAAGUGACGUUCAGUGAUUGGAUAGUUUUAGAACGUUGCAACAGUUACGAUUGUUCUGUAGCUCUAUAUAAGCAGGCUGACUGAGCUCCUCAGCUUAGUUCUGUUCCAGCUUACAAAAUAAAGAGCUGCUUUGGAGAAAUUGCUGUGUCGUCUGCUAUGUCAACUCACAACUUAACACUUUCUCAUUCCGUUGGUGUCGGGGUCUCAAAUACACUUGUGCCAAAACUCAAAAAAGGGUUAUUCAAUCCCUAAUGUGUAGAGACAUUGCACAGAACUACGCUUGGAAUCCAGGAGAGAACUCUUGGAAUAGCUUUGCCAGGUGCUCAGGGACGGACUCACCUGUCCCCAUGUCCUUCUGUUUGCAGUUCUGCUGCGGUUCCGUAUCCCAGCCCCAGGGGUGAAUAUUGGAGAAAACAAGAGCAGGGUUGGAUUCCUCAGACCUACCCCCUGGGCUCUUUGCCCCCCACUCUGCACUCUCAAAUGCGGAGAAGCCCUCCCCUCACGAGGAACUGAAAGCCUGACUUUUGCAUUUCAGCUGCUGGAGGAUGAACAGCGCUACCUCCUGGGGGUCAUCCAGAGCUGCCAGGCAGCUGAGCUCAGGGGGCUCCGAUCCCUGAAGUGCUCCAAGCAGGAGACGGCCCAAGCCAUUCUGGUGAGUGAUGGGGGGUGUGGGUGGAAAGGGUUGUGCAUCUGCGGAGAGGAGGAGCCUGCCGGCUUAGGCCAUGGGGUUGCCAUUUCCCUGCAAAGCCAAGCCUGGAGUUUGGAGUGGGAGCUGAUUUUCCUCCUCUGUUCUCUUCCAGGACAUCCUGGGGCCCUUGGAGCACUUCAGGCAUCGCCCCCUGACCCUGGCCCUUGCCUUGGAGGCCCUCCUCCAGCUAAGGUGAGUGGGGUCUUUGGCGUGGAUGGGGUUGUGGGUGGGGGGCAGAACUCCAGGGGGAAAGAGCAGGCGGGAGGGAGAAGGGGGCAAAGGAGACUCUAACCCUCUCCCUUUCAUCUCUGCAGCAGGAUGAGGCCCAAAUUCAGCUGCAAUAUGAUCAGUGCAAUCCUGCAGAGGACCUUGGAGGCCGUGCUGAAAGGGGCCAAGGAGGAGAGAGAAGUAUGUCCUUUGUUUUGACUUCCCUUCACAGGCUCUUUCUUCUUCUUCGUCACACACUUGCAGAAUCCAACCCAGCAUUCAAACUCUCUUCUCUCUUUUCCCACAGGAACUGAAAAGGCACUUCUAGCUCCUGCUGGGGAGUCUCCUUAUGGAAGCCCCAAACCCUGGCACCCUCCUCCAGCUUCUCAGUGUGAGUGCCCUGAUGGCAUCGGGGUGGUUUUAGGGUUGUCCCUCCCAUCCCUUACCCAACGGUCUGCCCCAUUUCUGGGGCACAGAGCCUGUUUGGCCCCCAAUUUGGUCCAAGACCAAAGCUGGCAAACCCUCAGGGUCCAGAAGUGCCAGGGACUCCGUGGUGGGGGCAGUGGGGGGCCCGCUUUGGCCCAGACUGGCCCCUGACUCUGAAACGCUCUUUCCUCCUGCAGGACCUCUGAGGAUAUGCCCUGGGGGGAAGUGGGGAGGCUCAAGAACUAGUGGCCAGCAGCAUUUCCUUGCUGCUGGCCAUUGCCCGGAAAUCCCCCAACCUCAGAGUAAUUACCUUGCCUUCUUCUAUUCAUUUCUUUGGUUACUUCCAACCCCCCCCCCCCCCAGAUCACAUCCCCAAGUGAUCUUUAACACAGAUGUGGUGUGUGUCCCUGGGGGCCAGGAUGAGGCCAGAGGCUUUUCCUGCCUCCUUUCCUGCUGCUGCCCAGCCCAGGAGGCUGCAGGGCCCAGGGAGGUCCUCUGGAACAAGGGAUUGGGCCCAAGACAGAGGGAGACCCGUCCUUCCUGGCUUGGCGCUGCUUCUGUGCUCUCUUGCCCCCAUCUGACCCCGAUUUUUCUUUCCUCUGCAGAUGACAGUAGUUCGGCCGGACCUGGCUUGCUUCUGCCUGAAGCCGAAAGAAGGUAAGCCCCACACCUUGGAGACAGCACCCUUUGACUAAAGGCCUGUCGGAAAAUCUCAUUUUCAUUCUCAUUCUCUUCCAUCUAGAUGA